UUAUUGUGCAAAUGAGAUUCCAUUUCUAUGGACAUUCUCUCGAGGGAAAUUAUCAUAUUUCCCAAAAUGCUGUUGGAAGAGGAGGAUUCGGAAGCAAGUGUCUCACGAAAUAAAUGGAAAAAAGUAACGCAGAAUGCUACUUUAUGUUUAGCAGAUAAUCGUAGGAUUGUAGCUAUAGUUGUAUUUGUUAUCAUACCAAUUUGUAGUUUCACUUUGCUCCUUCUGCCUCAGGAAAGGAAACUAGUGUUGGAUUUUCCACGUGGUUUCAACAAAGGGAGCAUACUAUAUUCCGCUUGGAAUAAUUCCUUUUUAUUAAGAAAUUCCUCAGAUAUUUGUAACAACGAUGAAUACGUUCCUUCAGUUUCAAGUUUAUUGAGAGGUGCCUCAGUCUUGUUGGCCUUGAAUAUCAGAAACGGAGGACACGUACUGCCACAUAUUGCAGUUGAAGUUCUCAAACUAUCCAAGUAUUUCCUUCCUGAUAGUUUAUUUGUCUCUAUAUAUGAAAGUGGUAGCAAGGACACAAGUGGCCUUUGUCUGCACAAACUGGCUGAAGAGCUGAAUAUGCGAAAUAUACGACAUAGGAUAAUUGUAAAUGGCAGUAUUGUGAGGGAAAGCAAGGAGAACAGGAUUCACUUUUUGUCUCGCAUUAGAAAUGAAGUUUUGGAGCCACUCUAUACUGGAAACUUUUCGGCAAAAUAUGUGGCGUUUAUCAAUGAUGUUUUCUUUUGUGCUAAUCAGAUUACAAGGUUGCUUUUACAUAUUAUUCAUGGUGCAGAUAUGGUUUGCGGUCUGGAUUAUGGUUCUGACUUGAAAUUUUAUGACAUUUGGGUCACAAGAGACAUACAUGGAGGUCCUGUCACAAAUGCUGAAAAUUGUUCGAUCUUUCAGUCAAAAUCAGACGUAAUGUUGUGUCAGCAAAGAAAGCUUGUUCCCGUUUUCUCCUGUUGGAAUGGUUUAGUGGCCAUGAAUGCUGAUAUUUUCUCAAAGAGUAAUAUUCGUUUUCGUUCGGUAGAUAAUAUCCGAGGAGAUUGUCCGGCUUCAGAAUGUACGCUACUCUGUUUGGACUUGUGGAGAAAUAACCAUCAACUUGUCUAUGUGGAUCCAGAGGUUAAGGUAGCAUAUGAUUCUACGGUAUUUUCCAAAAUUUUCUCACAGUCAGGCACAAUCUUAAACAGAAGUAUUAUUGAAGUAAUUCGAGAAGAGGAAUUGAACAAAUUUUUGCCACCUCAGUAUUACUUCUGUGAGCCACUUCCCCCUUACUCUACUCGAGAUGAUCCAAACAGAGCUCGAGCAUCUNGAAUACUUCCAGUGAUCAAUCUCAAUGUUGUUGGAUGGGCAGAGUGUCUUUUAUAUAGCUACUUGUAUGACCUGUUAUGUACUCGUGGCUUACAAAUAGAAAAUGGAUUGCUACUCAUUUCAUAUUUUAUGCAAUUAGGAAACACAACGCUUCACAGCAACAAUCUCAGUCUUCAAUCCCACCCACCAUCAGUCGAGUGGGAGCAAAAAUAUCUCUUCUCAAUGGCUAAAAACUCCAAUGACUUUUGCCUAUUUUGUUCUAUGUUGGCAUUCAAUUCUUCUAUAUCGUUUCGCAGAGCUACUUUUUCCGUCAAAAUAAGAAAAAUGGUUUCACUUCGUAGGACACCUCUUUUUUGUUCUUCAGUAAUACUUUCGUCUCUUGGAGAACAUAAGGAGAAACUGUCCUUUCCCUCUCUGAAGGCAGAUUCUUUUCGCCAUCCCAUAGACCUUGUCUCCACUAACUUAUUACGCAGAGUAGUAGGGCUUGAGGUGAUAUCCAGGCGACUCAUUAAUCCUUUUAUAGAGAAAUUAUUUCUCCUUGAGAAUCUUUCCGUUGGGAUCCAAGUUUCUAGUAGACAGUUGCCUGAGUUAUAUGCAUUGUUGGUUCAGGCUUGUAGUAUUCUGAACAUAUAUCCCUAUCCUUCUUUAUUUUUGCGACAGAGUCCAUAUCCCAAUGCAUAUACUCUUGCAUUUCAAGGAGAGAAACCUUUUAUAGUUAUACACUCAUCUCUGUUGGAUAUACUCACUGAAGCCGAACUUCAAGUAGUUUUAGCUCAUGAACUAGGACACUUAAAAUGUGAACAUGGAGUUUGGCUGACGUUAGCCAACUCCUUUGCAAUCCUCUGUAGUUCUUUUGGUGCAAUAGGCUUUCCACUUUCUAAUGUACUAGAACGUCACAUGACAAAGUGGUUUCAAGCAGCGGAGUUCUCCUGUGAUAGAGCCUCCUUAUUAGUAUCCCAGGAUCUUUUCACAGUAACUUCUACUAUAAUGAAAUUGGCUGGUGGGUCGUCUAGCAUUCAUCAUCAGCUGGAUGUGAGAGAAUACAUGAGACAGGCUGAGGAGUUUACAAGGGAAUCAGAAAAAGGUUUUCUAUCUCAAAUAGCUUCGAAACAACUUGCUGAAGUGGCUUCGCAUCCUCUUCCAGUUGUUCGUAUAACGGAGUUGAAUCGAUGGUCGACUUCUUUGGAAUAUACAAGAUUGUUAAGAACCGGAAGGCCUCUUGUGAAGGAGUGAUUCGAAGGCAUCUGGGUGCUUUGUACAAAUAAUUUUAUAAAAUUUCGAUAAAUAAGAUCUUGUCGGCGUAUUGACAGAAAUUAAUUGUCUA